GCCCUCUCGCUCCGCCGCCUCUAGGUUUUGGGAAGAUGGCGAAGAUCUCAGAGCUUUACGAUGUCACUUGGGAAGAAAUGCGAGACAAAAUGAGAAAAUGGAGAGAAGAAAACUCACGAAAUAGUGAACAAAUUGUGGAAGUUGGAGAAGAAUUGAUUAAUGAAUAUGCGUCUAAACUUGGAGAUGACAUUUGGAUCAUAUAUGAACAGGUGAUGAUUGCGGCCUUAGACCAUGGUCGGGAUGAGUUGGCCUUGUUUUGUCUUCAGGAGUUAAGAAGACAGUUCCCUGGCAGUCACAGAGUCAAGCGAUUAACAGGCAUGAGAUUUGAAGCCAUGGAAAGAUAUGAUGAUGCUAUACAGCUGUAUGAUCGAAUUUUACAAGAAGACCCGACUAACACUGCUGCAAGAAAGCGUAAGAUUGCCAUUCGAAAAGCCCAAGGGAAAAAUGUGGAGGCCAUUCGGGAAUUGAAUGAGUAUCUGGAACAGUUUGUUGGAGAUCAAGAAGCCUGGCAUGAACUGGCAGAACUUUAUAUCAAUGAACAUGACUAUGCAAAAGCAGCCUUUUGUUUAGAAGAGCUUAUGAUGACGAACCCACACAACCACUUAUACUGUCAGCAGUAUGCUGAAGUUAAAUAUACCCAAGGUGGACUUGAAAACCUGGAACUUUCAAGAAAGUAUUUUGCACAGGCGUUGAAACUGAACAAUAGAAAUAUGAGAGCUUUGUUUGGGCUUUACAUGUCAGCAAGUCAUAUUGCUUCUAAUGCCAAAGCAAGUGCAAAAAUGAAGAAGGACAACAUGAAAUAUGCUAGUUGGGCAGCUAGUCAAAUAAACAGAGCUUAUCAGUUUGCAGGUCGAAGUAAGAAGGAAACCAAAUACUCUGUAAAGGCAGUUGAAGACAUGUUGGAAACGUUGCAGAUCACCCAGUCUUAAGGUUUCCAAACUCUUUGACAUUAGAUUUCACAACAGCACAGUUGAACUCACUGGCCUGUGACUUAUUUACUAAAUGCCCAGUGCUAUUUAUAUCUGAUUUUCUCUUAAGAAGGCAGUUACAAAGAAUGUGUUUAUAUAAACCUAAAAAUGCCUUUUCCUGCUAAGCAGAAAGAUGGAGGAACUCCAUAGAAGGAAGAUUUAAGACUUAACUAAUUGUACACCAAUCUCUUCAUAUCACAUAUAUAUAAUCAUUGCUUUUAAGUCACAACCUGAUGCAGAAAUAACCUUGUUAAAUAAACCAUCAUGAUUUAUUAAACUUG